AUGGGUCCUUGUGGGUUGAAUCCAAGCGUGGAGCGUUUGAACUUGGAGCCGAAGCAACUAGGCCUAUUAGAACAUCCUUUUAUUAAUUCUCUAGCCAAUGUAUACGAGGUUGGAUAUCAUCACCUUCACACGUCAACAGUUUCACCAAAAACUGUCUGUCAAGAUGCCCACAACACCCAAGUGGGAGAAGUAUAUGCAUGUCAAAAAUCUGGAGAAAACUUGAACGCGGAACUACCUAUGCCACAAUUCAGUUAA